UUGUUGACGGUUUCUUGGACCUUCAUCGAUUGCUCUUCAACAUCGCCAACAUUCGGCACAGGACAAUAAGAGACAGGAGCUGUAAAUACAUUGGCUACAAUCCUAUUCAACAAUAGCAUUCCCUAAUCAGCCAUGGCGGAGAAUUUCGACGUCGUUACAACAUACAAGAGCUUAUUGCUUAACUCACCUGAGCUUUCCAUGCCAGUGGCAGCUAUUCAGUCCUUAGUUGAACUCAUCAAGCAUUCGAAAGCCACAACCAUGUCUGAGUUCAUGCUUUCAAUAAAGGAUGCAAGCCAGCAGCUCAAGUCAUCUGUCCGCAAUUCGAUAUCGCUUUCGGCAGAAAACUCACAAGAUGUAGCAGACUUUGAGAUCUGGAAAAAGACGCUCAUUAUACGUGGUCAGAGCUUUGUAGAGAAGGCUGAUGCGUGUCGUUACAAGAUUGCAGAUUUAGGCGUGCCUUUUAUUAAGGAUGGAAGCGUGGUCUUGAUCCAUGCCCAUUCGCGCGUGGUUUCCCUGUUAUUGCAGAAGGCUGCAGAGAACCACAAACGAUUUAAGGUGUUUGUCACAGAGUCAAGUCAGACACAAGGAGGUAUCCGAUCUGCUAAAGUCCUUCGUGCUGCAGGAAUCCCUACAACUAUCAUCUUGGAUGCUGCUGUCGGAUAUGUGAUUGACAAGGUUGACAUGGUUCUUGUCGGUUUAAUCAAUCAGAUUGGAUCAUACCAAAUGGCAAUUGUGGCCAAAGCUGCCAAUAAACCUUUUUAUGCCGUUGCAGAAAGCUACAAGUUUGUGCGUCUAUUCCCUUUGAAUCAAUAUGAUCUCCCCACUUAUAACGCGGACACGCUAUCAUUCCAAGAAUUAAAUGUCGACCAAAGUUCUCUGACAAAGGAGGAUGGCACCAUCCCCGCGGUAUCAACAUCUUCCACAGGUUCAGCGCCAUCACAGACAGCGUUGCAUAUGAAGACAUCUGAAGACAGAGCUUCACAGGGCUCGAACCCGUUAGUAGAUUACACACCUCCUAGCUAUAUCACAUUGCUUUUCACGGAUCUGGGCGUCCUCACACCUUCUGGCGUUUCAGAUGAGCUCAUCAAAUUGUACUUGUAAAGAAACAGCUGUUACUGAGUAAAGAUCAAGGCAUUGUUAAUUCAUUGAACAAACAAACAAACAAAU